AUGGGUGGUGCCAGCAGGGAUCUCACCACGCUCUUAGCCACUACGUUCCACCGUUCCUCGAAAGAAGCCGCGUACGCAACUGCACCUCCUGAUUUCGCGUUUAUUCUUUCGGUGCAAUCGCACUCAAAGGAAGUGUGCGCCACUUUUUCCGAGGUGUUAUUUCGCGCUAAACGAGCCCCGCUACGAUCAAUCACUAACGUGUUCCAGCGGACAAGGAUGCACGAUGGUAAAAAACGCGAAUGUCCGGUCAUUCCUGAGUGUUUGGCGGGUUAUAUGCGACAGUGA